UUGUGGAUGAAGUCAUGGCUGAACAAUGGAUUCUCAUGGAAUGAAAGGGGAGAAUUGCGACGGAUCUGAAUAUAUAAAUGUCGAAGAAGUUCUCGAUAAUAAACCAUCAUCAACGCAUCACACCUUCACAUCAAACUUCCAAACGUCACUUUACAAUUUACAAUAACACAUACCAACUCAAACAAUAAUCAACAUGUUCUCCAAGACCUUCAUCGCUACCCUCCUCGCCAGCUCUGCUGCUGCAUCCCCAAUUGUCUCAGCACGUGCUGCAGGCGAUGCUUUCGGCCUUAUCUCCAUCAGAUCUGGUUCUGAUAUCCAAAACCAAGCCAUCACCGCUUCCGGAGGUCGUCUCUGGAUCGGAAAGGAGACUGCCUCAUACUGCCCUGAUACCGUCGUCACCGACUGCCCUAACGGUACUUCCACAACCUUCGUCGCUGGUGAAAGCAAUCUCGGUUUGAACACUGAAGUUCCAGGAGGUCAACAAGUUUACAUCGCAACUGAUUCUUCUGUAUCCUACACCAUACCUCACUCCGGCGACAUCCACGGUGGAGUUGCCUCUGGAUGGAAAUACACCGCUGGAGAGAACGGAUCCCUUGGAUCCUUGUCUUUCCCUGGCUACGGAUUCAUUGCUUGCCCUGGCGAGGGUGCCGGUGUCUACGGCAUCUUCCUUACUCCUGGUGGAGCUGCUACUGGAAACUGCACUGGCAUCUCUGUCGCUACUGUCCCAUACACCGGUGAAGGACCUUCCGCUUGGGAGUACGCUUAAAUCAAGAAUGGAGUGGAGGAUUGAGGUGGAGAGAGGUGGAGAAGAUGGAGAAGAUGGAGCACGAAGUUGUGAAUAUUUUGUUUUCUGAUCAGUUCUUUGGCGACAUUGCAACCUUAUUGUAUUUAAAUAUGUAUAUAUCUGCUGAUCAUUCCUUACGGCAAUGGUAUAUCAAAACGAAUUUUUUUUUUUCAAAAACUUUCAUUUGCAUCAACAUUCGAAUUCAAAAUUAAAUCAAGAUUAAUGCUAAAUUAGAGAAAGUAAUUACUCAUAAGUAUUUGUAUUAAGGAGAUAGAUUUCUUAAAAUCAGACUUAGAAUAACUAUAAUGAUUUUAACGAACUUUUCGC